GCUGCGCAGUGCGGCUCCGUCUCCCUGACAGACUGAAGCUAUUGUCGCCAUGUCCGAGAACAACAACGGGGAGGAGCCCGCGCUUCACGGAUAUUAGUUCAGAGAAUAGAAUCAUUCAAGUUGAUUGUGGACCAACAGAUGAUAUCCAGAGGGUUAAAACAUUUACAUCAUAUCACAGAAUAGCCAGUUGAGCGUUUUACGGAAUGGCUGAUUAUCUUCACCAGGAAGGUCCUCACCCAUCUGCUUCGUCUGAUAACUUUGGACUGGGAGAUUUUAGUCUCAUUCUGUCUAACAGCUGUGAACCGUCUAAUCAAACAGGUUCCUGGGUAGAGCUACAAAUGAACAGCAACUUGAACAACAACGAUGGCAGCAGAAAUGGAGGCUUGGAACAUGUGCCAUCCUCCUCGUCCAUCCACAAUGGGGACAUGGAGAAAAUUCUCUUGGACGCUCAGCAUGAGUCUGGAGCCAGCAGCUCUAGGAGCAGCUCACAAUGUGACAGCCCUUCCCCUGAAGAUGGACAAAUAACUUUUGAUGUGGAGAUGCACACAAGCAGAGAUGGCUCCCAGCCUGAAGAGGAAGCUGCAGACGGAGAGAAGGAAGAGGAAACCUUAAAAAAAAGCGCAGACUGGGUGUCCGACUGGUCAAGUAGACCUGAAAAUAUCCCCCCAAAAGAGUUUCAUUUCCAUCACCCCAAGCGAUCAUUGUCACUGAGUAUGAGAAAGACUGGAGCUAUGAAGAAAGGUGGCAUCUGCUCAGCAGAGUUCCUGAAAUAUUUCAUCCCUUCUCUGUUCAUCUCCCAUGUGCUGGCUCUGGGACUCGGCAUCUACAUUGGUAAGAGAUUGGCCUUGCCAUCUGCCAGUUCCUAUUGAGGGAGCACAAUCUGGAAUCAAGCCUGUGACCCUGUGAAGGUGUGUUCUGUCACAUUUGUGCAUUUGAACUUUUGCACCAUGUUAAGCAUGAUUCAAAGCACCCACCUCCCUCCACCUGUGUCCCUCAAACCUGGGACCCAUCUGGCCCUCAGAUUGGCUCAGAGCACUAAACCCAGUUGUGAUGACCCUGAGACAGAGGCAAAACAUCACUUGAUGUUCCAUUCAGCAUCUUCUGGAAAGUUCGUCUUGAAGGGAGAAUCCAGCUGAUGGCAGAUGGUGUGCCAGCUCAUCGUAGGAGUCCCACACUUCUCAAAAUAAAAGACAAGCGUGAUGCCAAAAUCAUGAGCCCUCGGACCAGUAAUGAGGGAGCCCAAAGAUGACCAUGUUGCUGCCCAUGUUAUGAGAAGCUUCAAAAAUCAAUCUACAAAUGGGAAAUCAGCUUGUGAAAUCCAGGAUGGGCUGCAUUAUUGAGUUAGAGCUCUAGCCUUACUCACAUAGUUUGUGCUGUCCAAAUAUACAAAAAUGGAUGAUCCUCACAAUGGGAUUUAUUUGAUAUGCUUCUUGCCCUGAAAAUUAUGACAAAGAUUACUGGCAGACACACAUCACUUUGAUCAGUAACUUAAUGUUAAUGAGAUGUCUCAAUAAAUUAGUGUUGCAAGGUUUGACAUUGAAAGAGUAUCCAAACGUAACAUAGUCACUGUGCACUAACACUGCCUUCCCCUUAACAUCCAAGUAUCUCUGUCCCACACACUCUGUACACUUUGUAAGGUACAAGCGUCUUUUAUAGAAAAUUGUUGUGUAUAACAAUGCACCCUCUACACCUUCAUACUAUUUUGUCAUUGUACCAUAAACUUUGCUAACAAUACAACUCUACGUUUGUUAGUAGAUCUGUGACCAAUACAAACUCCUGAAGAAAUACAUAAUAUAUGUUUACAGUGUAGAUACCUCUAUUUUCAAGAUUCAUGUACAAAACAGAUAAUUCUCUCACUUUACACACUGCAUAGGUUUUCAUCACCAUAUUUACUAGUUCUUGCAUAGAAUACAAAAAUAUUUUACAAUUGCCUCUUUAUGUGCUAUAGUAUAGUAUUACUUUUAACUUUCUUUAUUUUUAUGAAUAACUAUCUUGAAACCCAUUUGACAUCUGGAUGACAAAAGAAAUGACAUAGUUUGGUUCAAGUAAGGAAAAUCCAAUUAAAUUCAGUUUUGUUCUGUGACACAGUCGGUCAUUUGGUUUGAUAGAAUGGUAAUUUAAAGUUACUGACAAAAAAUAGUCCUUCGGUUUUGUGGUCCCUUAUUGUAAGUUGCUCCUUGUUGCUAUCUCCUAUUUUAUUUUUCUCAGAAAUUAUUUUAUCCUAUGUACUUUUCACGGCUUUAUUUAAUUCCAGCAUUGUGAAGUUUUGAGUUUUCAUUCUUAGAUGUGUUUUUAUUUUCCCUUCAGUUUUAAAAAUGUGAAAUAGUAAUGUUGGAUUGCAAUUACAACACGUAAAUAUUAAAAGCUGUGGAUCAUAAUUGUGAAAUUCAGACAACGUAGCAUAAUAAGAAUGUUAUAUUGACUCAUUUUUUCUAUAUAUAAAGAAGCAUAUAUACAAGGCCUAUUUAUUCAAAUUUGUGUCGUUAGACUAUCAUAAUAUAGUCAAAUAAACAUGAGUGUGAUGAAAUAGAAAACUUACUGUAAAGAGAGUUCUCUUUCCAUUUAAAGGGGCAUCAAAGUAUUGUUUUUUUUCUUUAAAGGAAUAGUCAAGUCAAAAUUAAACUUUCAUGAUUCAGAUAGAGCAUGUAAUUUACACCUAUUAAUUUUCCUUCAUUCUCUUGCAAUCUUUUUGGUUCAGCACCUGGGUAGCACUUUCUGAUUGGUGUCUAAAUGUAGCCACCAAACAGCAAUUGCUACCAGUGUUCUGAACCAAAAAUGGGCCGGCUCCUAAGCUUACAUUAAUAUAAAGAUACCAAGAGAACGAAGAAAAAUUGAUAAUAGGAGUAAAUUGGAAAGUUACUUAAAAUUGCCUGCUCUAUCUGAAUCAUGACAGCUUAAUUUUGACUAGACUAUUCCUUUAAAAGAGGGGUUUUGGAGGAGUGCAUUCAGUGUAAUAUAAAGUAUAUUACGGAUUAGAAAGUAUAACAAUCAUAAACAAUUAAUUAGAAAAUCAUAAAAAAAAUUAAAUUAAAUUAAAGAAAUGGUUAGUCACUAAAGUAUGACAGGCUGCACAUUUCACAAAGAUAGGAAAUGUAUUUAUUAGACAAGCAAUUCCAAGUACCUAUUCAUCUGCAAAUAAAAUACAAGUUGCCCUAAAGAGUAGGUGGCCAUUUCAAAUUUAAAAGGACCAAGUCCUGUAAACUGGCAAGUUGCAGGAAAGCACGCGGAUGGAAACGCUGUAUAUAUCGUACGCACUGGGAAAAACCUGAAACCAAACAUAUCUCCACUCUCCCUGUUUACUUCCAGUUUAAUUACAGAGGCAUCCGCUGUUUCACGGCACAUUAGGAAAAUGGCACUUCACAAUAGCGGUUUUACCGCAUCAGCUGACCUGCGGCUGUACAAGCUCAUCAGGUAGCGUACUUCAAUCCGGCGACCAGCCCUGGCAUCCACUCUUUGGCCAAUGAAAUUAAAAGUGUAAUUCCCCAGAAGCAUAAGAACACCAGCUCCAUUAGCACGCCAGCACUCAGGGUAACGGGCAUGGAGGCGGCUCUCAACGGACCAGCAUAUGCAAUAUGCUCAGGGUUUCCAUCUGUGUGCUUUCCUGGAACCUGCCACUUUACAGGACUUGCUCCUUUUAACUUCGAAAUUGCCAGCUACUCUUUAAAGGGACAUGAAACACAAAUAUUUUCUUUCAUAAUUCAGAUAGAGCAUGUCAUUUUAAACAACUUUCCAAUUUACUUCUAUUAUCUAAUUUGUUUUGUUCUCUUGGUAUCCUUUGUUGAAGGAGCAACAAUGCAUUACUGGUUUCUAACUGAAUACAUGGGUGAGCCAAUGACCAAUUUGUGUGUAUAUAUAUAUGCAGCCACCAAUCGGCAGCUAGAACCUAGGUUAUUUGCUGCUCCUGAGCUUUCCUAGAUAAACCUUUCAGCAAAGGAUAACAAGAGAAGGAAGCAAAUUAAAUAAUAGAAGUAAAUUGGAAAGUUGUUUAAAAUUGUAUUCUCUAUCUGAAUCACAACAUAAACAUUUUGGGUUUCAUGUCCCUUUAAAGCUAAGGUUAUUUGCAGAUGAAUACUUUCUUAGAAUUUCUAUUUUUGUGAAUUGUGCAGCCUGUCAUACUUUAGUGACUAAUAAUUUCUAGUCACUCUGCUCUUUUUAUUUUAUUUUUUAUUUCAUUUUUUUUUCUUUCUAUUUAAAAGAGGGUGUUUUUAAUUUUUGUGUGUGUUUGUGGGGCAUGUUACUGUCCACCAAUAGAGCUGUGGGAGCUUUGCUUAUCAGCCAGUGAGUUUCUAUCCCAUGGAUCUGUAGAACACAAACUUGCACUUCCUGGUUGUAUAAAAAUCCAAAAUAACAAAAUUGAAUGCAACUUUUUUUCAUGCAAAAAAAAUAUUUUGUCAUGUUUUUAGAAGUAGUUCUGUUUUAAAAUAUUUAGAUUUUAAUGGCCCCUGUGCCACAUACAAUGUACCUAGAGGCACAAGUAACAGACUCUCUCUUAAUCAUGAUAAAUGAAUAUGCCUUUAUGAAGGAAGACUUUCUGUGUCUUUGUAUAAUUUAAAUAUAUAGAGACUUGUAUAGCUUUAAAUAUGAUGCUCAAAUUGCAUGCAGCAAAAGGAAAAAAAAUAACAUUAUAAUAAAAUAUGCACAACCUGUUUUCCUUAAAUCAGGGCCCAACAAAUCUGUUGGUGGCUCGGCUGCUGACACCUAAUCUGUCCUUCAUGUUAGUGACAGCUCUGACAGGCAUUGCACGUGAAAUCAAGUGAUAUUAAAAGGGAUAGGAAAGUCAAAAUUAAACUUGCAUGAUUCUGAUAGAGCAUGUAAUUUUAAGAUACUUCUAUUUUCAAAUGUGCUUUGCUCUCUUUGUAUCCCUUGUUGAAAAAAAUACGCACAUAUCCUACACUAGUGGGAGCUGCUGCUAAUUGGUGCCUGCACACAUUUGUCUUUUUUGAUUGGCUGACUAGAUGUGUUCAUCUUGCUGGUAGUAAUGCAAUUCUGUUACUUCAGCAAAGGAUAACAAAAGAACAAAGCAAAUUUGAUACUGGAAGUAAAUUGGAAAGUUGUUUAAAAUUGUAUGUUCUAUCCAAAUCAUGAAAUAAUUUUUUGGGGGGAUUCCUGUCCCUUUAACUCCCUCUGCCUCCGACUAUUCCAUAUCAUUUGUAAAGAGGCUUCACAAGAUGAAUAAAAAGGGAGAUCUUAGCCAAAGUGACAUUUGUAUUUCACAGCUGGGAGGCCUGGAAAGGAUCCAGCCUAAUCAAGGCAAAUUUUAGGUACAGCUAGCGUGGUAAAGGGGGGGGGGGCACCCAUGAGUGUUUUUGGGGCUCUAAACCAAGGAGCCAGGGUCUAAUUUUUAAGGCGCCAGUGGCUCCCUGGUGCCUGGGUUUGUUGAGCUGUGAUUUAAAUGAAAUAGGAUCCGAUUUAAAGUCUUAUAUUUAUAUAUGACACAAAUAAAGACACACAUCAUGUGUUCAUUGUUUAUACUUUGCUACCUAGCGCUCUUAAUCUAAAGAGGACAUUAAAAUUACAUAUGCUUUUCUUUAUUGUAAAAUGAGUAAGAAUAUGACAUUCUUCUAUUAACAGAUAUAUCUAGGUAUUGUAAAAUCUUUGCUAAUAUGGGCACCAAUUUAAACUGGUACCCUCUUGUGAUUAGAGAUCCCUUUGUGUCUAAGGAAUCAUAAUAAAAUGUUCUACAAAGUUUCAUUCAUAGUUACAUUUUAAGUGGUAUUUGCAAGUAUUAAUCUUUAUAGAACAAGACAUUGAGAUAAUAAAGCAUCUACUCAACUUUUAGGGCCACAAUCCAGUGUUAUAUUUAUGAUGCAAAUGUUUUCCAUUACACUAAAGAUUUCACAGAAAUAUUAACACGUGUUUACAGGAUCACUGGAGUAAAAUCAGACUGGUUCUUAUGUUUUGCCCUGAAUGGGAGAGAGAAAAAAAACUGAGCAGUGACUGCGUUGUUCUCCCUCCUUGAAUAUGUCUAAAUUUGAGGAGAGAAAAGCAGAAUUGAUACUCUGUAGCAUCAGAUUUUUUUUAUAUACAUUGAAGUUUUAGAUUGGUGAAUUUAACUUGUUAAAUUAGUUUAAAUAAGCCAGUGUGACGAUGCAUAUAUUGAAGUAGUCAUUUGCAGAAUUGUACCCAGUAUCCAGAAAAAACUUGUAGCUGUAAUCAUUUUGUAACAUUAAAAGCUCUCACUAGAA